UCCGGUGUGUCGUCGUCCUGCUGGCCGUUAGGCUACGGUGGCUGUGACUGUUGAAAUUUGAAUCCUGGGCCGAGCUGUGUGUGAUGAGAAGCCGCGCUACUUGGUACAGACUGGUUCUUACAUCAUGACAGUGCUGCAGGAACCCGUUCAGGCUGCUAUUUGGCAUGCACUUAACCACUAUGCUUAUCGGGAUGCUGUCUUCCUUGCAGAAAGACUAUAUGCUGAAGUGCGUUCAGAAGAGGCUCUGUUUCUCUUGGCAACAUGUUACUAUCGCUCAGGGAAAGUAUACAAAGCCUAUCGGCUUUUGAAAACGCAUAGCUGUACUACCCCUCAGUGCAAAUAUCUUCUUGCCAAAUGUUGCACUGAUCUUAACAAGCUGGCAGAAGGAGAGCAGAUUUUAGCCGGUGGAAUAUUGAACAAGCAGAGAAGUCACGAUGACAUUGUUACAGAGUUUGGAGACUCAGCUUGUUUUACUUUGUCUUUAUUAGGGCAUAUAUACUGUAAAACGGAUCGAAUGGCCAAAGGAUCAGAGUGUUACCAAAGGAGCCUUAGUCUAAAUCCCUUUCUUUGGUCCCCUUUUGAAUCCUUGUGUGAUAUAGGUGAAAAGCCAGAUCCUGAUCAAACAUUUAAAUUAACAUCUCUUCAAAAUUUUAGUAGCUAUCAACCAAGUUUAUGUAUGCCAUUGGUUUUGAAUCACAGCAUGCAACACAGACAACCGGACACUGUAUUAAUGGAAACUCCACAGGAUACUAUAGAAUUAAACAGAUUAAACCUUGAAUCCUCUGCCAAUUCAAAAUAUUCCUCAAUGAUGUCUGAUUCGUCAGUAUCUUUAAUUGAUCCAUCUGUGAUUUCUCCUGAUUCUUUGCCUCUUGGUUCUGGAUCCUCAGUAUUGUCCAAACAGCUUGUAAAUAAACCCAAGUCUGGGAGGAGUUUGCUUGGUGGUCCUGCUGCUCUUAGUCCCCUAACGCCAAGUUUUGGAGUUUUGCCUCUGGAGACACCAAGCCCUGGUGAUAGUUCCUUUUUGCCAAAUUAUACAAAUUCUUCAUCUGUGAUUGAUUCGUCUUCUACAGGAGGCCCUGCUAAGAAGUCUAUAGCACGAAUAACUCAAGGUGGAACCAAGUCAGUCUUUACGCAGAGUGGAAACAGCCGAGAUGUAACUCCAACUCCGUUGACUCAGUCACAAACGUCGGGUCCACAGACCAGUGCAACACAGGUACUGUUUCCAACCAGCACAGUCCCCACCAAUGCACCUGGUAAUGCACCGCCCCGAAGAAGUUCCAGACUCUUUACAAGUGCCAGUUCGACUACAAAGGAGAACAGUAAAAAGCUGAAGAUGAAGUUUCCACCUAAAAUUCCAAACAGGAAGCCAAAAAACAAAACUAGUAAAGGAGGCAUAACACAGCCAAACCUCAAUGACAGCCUAGAGAUUAGCAAACUGGAUUCUUCAGUCAUUUCUGAAGGCAAAGUCUCCUCAGUUACACCUCAAGUGCAGGCCUUUAAUAUACAGAAAGCAGCUGCAGAUGGACUGAUGAACCUGCUGCGUGAAAUGGGCAAAGGUUAUUUGGCACUUUGCUCUUACAACUGUAAAGAUGCAAUCAGUAUCCUGAGCCAGCUGCCUUCACAUCACUACAACACGGGUUGGGUAUUGUGUCAGAUAGGCAGAGCACAUUUUGAACUGGCUGAAUAUAUGCAGGCAGAGAGGAUAUUUUCAGAGGUGAGGCGUAUUGAGAGCUUCCGGGUAGAGGGUAUGGAGAUCUACUCCACUACAUUGUGGCACCUACAGAAGGAUGUGACACUCUCUCUCCUCUCCAAGGAUUUGACUGAGAUGGAUAAAAAUACGCCAGAGGCUUGGUGUGCAGCAGGGAACUGCUUCAGUUUGCAGCGAGAGCAUGAUAUAGCAAUCAAGUUCUUCCAGAGAGCCAUUCAAGUGGAUCCAAACUUUGCUUACGCAUAUACUCUCCUUGGUCAUGAGUUUGUAUUAACAGAAGAGUUGGACAAAGCACUGGCCUGUUUCAGAAAUGCAAUUCAUGUAAACUCUCAACACUACAAUGCCUGGUAUGGUCUGGGGAUGAUCUACUAUAAGCAAGAGAAGUUCAACCUGGCAGAAAUUCAUUUCCGAAAGGCUCUUAACAUCAAUCCCCAAAGUUCGGUAUUGCUGUGUCACAUUGGUGUGGUCCAGCAUGCACUAAAGAAGUCCGAGUGUGCACUUGAAACACUAAAUAAAGCCAUUAGUAUAGAUCCAAAAAAUCCUCUAUGCAAAUUCCACAGAGCCUCCAUUUUGUUUGCAAAUGAAAAAUACAAAGCAGCUUUACAGGAGCUUGAGGAACUGAAACAAAUUGUCCCCAAAGAGUCACUUGUUUACUUCCUAAUAGGAAAGGUCUACAAGAAGUUAGGGCAGACGCACUUGGCUUUGAUGAACUUCUCCUGGGCCAUGGAUCUUGACCCUAAGGGAGCCAACAACCAGAUCAAAGAGGCUAUUGACAAGCGCUACUUACCAGAUGAUGAGGAGCCUGUGACAAAUGAUGGGCAGCUUAGUGAGGGGUACCAAUAUGAUACAGCUGGAACCGAUGAAUCCCAGGAAAGCAGCAUGACUGAUGCUGAUGACACCCAGCUUCAUGCAGCAGAGAGCGAUGAGAGCUUCAACUUGUAAAAGCCAUACCAACCAAAAUAUGGUUUCAGAGCAAGAGCUGCUACUCCCUGGCCUUUCCCUCUUUCCCUCACAUUGGGCCUGUAUUUCUGCUUUGAGCAUUGUCUGUCUGGUGCAGUUUGCCAACAUUAAGAACGUAGGCUGGAGAGACCCAUGACUUGGUUACAAUGAAGCCUGUCGCAUCAUCUUUUAAUUUCCAGCCUCAGCAAUAUACAUGUUAAACAGGGGCUUUGUUUUUAAAUGUAAGUGUUAUUACUGAUCUGAAAGUGAACUUGCGCAAUUCCCCUUUGCUUUUGCUACUUCUGCUCAUGCAAGACCUGACAUUACUGUUACCAAGUUCAUAAUUGUGCUGCUGUUUUUAAGCCCCUUUCAUCCUAAAAGGAAUUCCUGUUAAAAUCCUUAGGGGGUCUGGGUGGGGGUUCCAAGUCCAGUGGCAGGUAUUACCUCAAUGACUGGUUAGUGCAAGCUGUUUUAGCUGACAGCUAUUUCCAAGCAGCACUUGGGUUAUAGUGGCUGUUGUGUUGCUUUGGCAACUUAGUAGCUGUGAGUGGAGGCAUUUUUUUGCAUCUCUUCCAGUCCUUUGUCUUUACUUCACCAUAGAGUGCAAAGCAGCCUCUUUGGAAAGUCUGCAUGCUGGUUACUUACAUUGAUGGCAUCCUUUAAGAUCGCACUGAUAACAAGAGCCUGCUGUCAAUGUGGAAUCAGCAGAAGUGUUGACGAAUGGAAAAUGCAAUGUGUGUCUGUGCGCGUGGGUAUGUAUGCGCGUGGGUGUGUGAAAUGUAGUCUAUUUUUUUAAUUUCAUUUUCAUUUAAAAAUGUAACUUGGUGUCUUAAGUGGAUUUUUUCUGUUGCUUUCCUUUUUAAUUUCAGAUAUUUGUACAGUCUUAGAAAAAGUCUUUUUGUUAAUAUAUUUGCAACUCAGUU